AGCUAAUGCUAGGGAUUUACAGAGCCUCCAAGAUUCAAGCUUUGAUCUUGCUUCUCUUUUUUUUCUUUUUUUCAGAACCAAACAGGGCAUUAUUUCUUGCAUUAAUUGAUAAGUUUUUGAAAUACAAACCACAGUUCUUCAAUUCAGUGUCAGCAAACACAAGAAACUAAAGAAAAAUGUAUCUCCAAGCACCCUCAAUUUCAAGCUACAGCCUGGUUCCACAAAAUUUCUUAGCUUCUUCUAAUUUUCUCACAACUUUCCCACCAGACAAACAACACUACUCCAAAGUUGUGCAAACUUCAGUUAUGAAACAUGGGUUUUGGAGUUCAUCCAAAAGGGUGUGUAGAUCACUGACUGGUGGUUUGAUUGGUGUCAGAUGUGAAGUGAAAGAGAAAGAUGAUGAAGAUGGGUUUUACAUGAGGAGGUGUGUGGAGAUUGCAAGGAAGGCUGUUGGGUGUACAAGCCCUAAUCCCAUGGUGGGUUGUGUUCUUGUGAAGGGUGGGAAGAUUGUUGGUGAAGGGUUUCAUCCCAAAGCUGGCCAGCCUCAUGCUGAGGUUUUUGCCCUGAGAGAUGCUGGGGAUUUGGCUGAGAAUUCAACGGCGUAUGUGAGCUUGGAACCGUGUAACCAUUUUGGCAGAACUCCACCCUGUACGGAGGCAUUGAUUAAAGCCAAAGUGAAAAAAGUGGUGGUUGGGAUGGUGGAUCCGAACCCAAUUGUGGCUUCAAAGGGUGUGGAUAAGCUUCGAGAUGCAGGAAUUGAUGUGAUGGUGGGUGUCGAGGAAGAUUUGUGUAAGAAACUUAACGAGGCCUAUAUACAUCAAAUGCUAACUGGGAAGCCCUUUGUUACACUGAGGUACUCCCUCACUGUUGACGGCCACUUUUCAGAUCAGCUCGGAGAAGAAGCCACAAAGUCUGGUGGAUACUACUCACAAUUGUUACAAGAAUACGACGCGAUUAUACUUUCCUCCACCUCAUUAACCAAUAAGUUUUCUUUCCCAGCAUCCAAAGAACCUGGAGCUAAUCAACCUCUUCAGAUUCUAAUAGCAAGAAACCCUAGCUCUCCAGUUGAAAUCCCGGUACUCACCACAGAAGUAGCUUCUAAGGUGAUUAUCUUCACUGAUAAAGAGACAAAUGUGGAACCAAAAACAGCUGAGAGGGGAAUUGAAACUGUGGUUUUGGACAGAAUAAAUUUGAUGACGAUUCUGGACUAUUGUAAACGCCACGGACUGUGUAGUGUUUUGUUGGAUAUAAGGGGCAAUAAUGGAGAUUUUGAAGAGAUUCUCAGAGAGAGUUUUGAGCAAAAUAUACUGCAGAAAGUUGUGGUGGAAGUGUUGCCAAUUUGGAAUGGAAGCAAAGAAGAGAGGUUGCCUAUGGCGUUGACGAGUCUAGGGCAAAGAUUAAAGUUGAGAAAUUUCACAUCAAGAAACUCAAGCCAAAGUGUUUUGUUAGAGGGAUAUUUUUGAUCGAUAUGAUUGGACCAGUGGAGAGAGACUAGGGUUUGAUUCAACUUCCAUGAUUUUUCUGUUUUGUUCCUCUACUUGAAAAAUGUAUACUAGAGAGCCCUCUUGGGAUCCGGAAUUUUUCAUCCCCUAUUCUUUUUGUAUGUGGAAUUUUCAAAGAAACCCUAGAACUGUAUUUGCUUGCUUAGGCAGUUCACUUGAUAAUAAGAUCCACUUUGAGAGUUUGUUCUCAUUGUGGCAUGUACUGUAUCCAUUUCCAUUUUCAUCUGA